AUUUUUCAAUUACAUGUCCUUGUUUGGGUGGUGGGCGACAGCAAAGCAAAGAAGAGCCGUGUAUGUAUGUAUAUAUGCAUAUGAGUGGCUUGAUUAACUAAUAGUAAUCUUCAUCUUCCUUGGCAUGGCUACUCCCAAUUUCCGCUUCCUUUUCUUCUCUUUUCUUCUCUUUUCUCUUCUCUUCUGUGAUUUUUCCAAGGCUGAGAGAUGGAGGUCUCAUUAUCACAUCGCCAAAGUCAGCUCUCUGAUACCAGCGGCGGCACUAGUCUGCUCCCCGUCUAAAGCUCCCAAUCCAUGGGCACUGACUCUGGCCCAUCAGCAUGGACCCUGCUCACCCCUCGGCGGCAACAAGCAAGCAGCAACGCCCGAUCAGAUCCUCCUACAAGACCAAUCCAGAGUGAGCUGGAUCCGAUCCCGAAUCUCCAGCUCUUCCCAGCAGCUCCAACCCCAGGCCUCAUUAGCUGAGAACACCCUCCCGGCCCGUUCAGGCAGCUCACUUAGCACCGGGAAUUACGUUGUCACUGUUGGAUUCGGCACACCCAAAAGAGACAUGACACUCGUCUUCGACACUGGCAGCGACCUCACUUGGAUCCAAUGCGAGCCCUGUGCAGGCUCCUGCUACUCACAGCAAGAGAAGAUCUUCAACCCAUCACAAUCGAGUUCUUAUCUCAACGUGUCAUGCAACUCAGGCGAGUGCGCUCUACUCAGGCCAGCAACCGGAAACCCAACUGGCUGCUCGUCCUCCACAUGCCUUUACGCCAUCCGCUAUGGUGACCAAUCAUACUCAAUCGGAUUCUUUAGCCAUGAAACUUUGACAGUGGGAACUGAUGUGUUCCCAAAUUUCCAAUUCGGAUGUGGUCAGAAGAACCAAGGUUUGUUUGGCAGCACAGCUGGGUUGCUCGGUCUCGGCCGCAACAAGAUAUCCUUCACAUCCCAGACAGCUAAAAAAUUUGGCCAGGUUUUCUCUUACUGCCUUCCUUCCUCACCAAAAUCAACUGGGUAUCUUAAGUUGGGGGCCAGCACAGCCUCCUCUGGUGUUAAAUACACACCACUGCUGACAGACCAGAGCAGUCCUUCCUUCUAUUUCCUCGACCUGAUAGCAAUAACUGUUGGAGGACGUAGAUUGCCAAUUCCAGCAUCAGUCUUCUCAACAGCCGGCACCCUCAUUGACUCUGGCACUGUCAUCACCCGCCUGCCUCCAUCAGCCUACUCAGCCCUCCGGUCAGCAUUCCGGACAGCCAUGUCCAAGUACCCAUCAGCUCCAGCACUCUCGAUACUGGACACAUGCUUCGAUUUGAGCAGUUACAAUUCAAUCUCCGUGCCAAAGAUAGCAUUGCAGUUCCGGGAAGGCGCCGAGGUCAAUGUAGACCUCUCUGGUAUUCUCCUUGGAUCAAGCACAUCGCAGAUAUGCUUGGCUUUCGCUGGCAACAGCGAUGAUGGUGAUGUAGCGAUCUUUGGGAACAAGCAGCAGCAGACAUUUGGGGUGGUUUACGAUGUGGCGAGGGGGAGGAUUGGAUUUGGCGCCGGAGGUUGCAGCUGGCAUAAAGAAGGUCGGCUGGAGUGCAUAAGUGCUGUUUACGCAGCUGAGAACUCCCCUACAUUCAGAUCUAGAUUUUUCAGAUCCAGAGCUCCUGUUGUUGUUGUUGUUCUGCCAGAUCCAGAUCUAGAUUUUCCAGAUCCAGCAACCUCUGUUGCUAUUGCUAUUCCGCCAGAUCCAGAUACUGCAACCCGUGGCCGUGGACGUGGUGGUCAUGGUUAUGGCCGUGGUCGUGCACUUUCUGCUACUACCGCUACUAUUUCUUCCGAACCAUCUGUUAGUGAUUCGACAUCUUCUGUUGAAGGUCUUUCAUCACCUUUAACUCCUGCAAUGUUCCAAGUACUCUUCAUCUUCCUUGGCAUGGCUACUCCCAAUUUCCGCUUCCUUUUCUUCUCUUUUCUUCUCUUUUAUCUUCUCUUUUGUGAUUGUUCCAAGGCUGAUAAAUGGAGGUCUCAUUAUCACAUCGCCAAAGUCAGCUCUCUGAUACCAGCGGUGGCACUAGCCUGCUCCCCGUCUAAAGCUCCCAAUCCAUGGGCACUAACUCUAGCCCAUCAGCAUGGACCCUGCUCACCCUUCGGCGGCAACAAGCAAGCAGCAACGCCCGAUCAGAUCCUCCCACAAGACCAAUCCAGAGUCAGCUGGAUCCGAUCCCGAAUCUCCAGCGCUUCCCAGCAGCUCCAACCCCAAGCCUCAUUAGCUGAGAACACCCUCCCGGCCCGUUCAGGCAGGUCACUUGGCACCGGGAAUUACGUUGUCACUGUUGGAUUCGGCACACCCAAAAGAGACAUGACACUCUUCUUCGACACUGGCAGCGACCUCACUUGGAUCCAAUGCGAGCCCUGUGCAGGCUCCUGCUACUCACAGCAAGAGAAGAUCUUCGACCCAUCGCAAUCGAGUUCUUAUCUCAACGUGUCAUGCAAGUCACGUGAGUGCACUCUACUCAGGCCAGCAACCGGAUACCCAAGUCGCUGCUCGUCCUCCACAUGCCUUUACACCAUCGACUAUGUUGACCAAUCAUACUCAAUCGGGUUCUUUAGCCAUGAAACUCUGACAGUGGGAACUGAUGUGUUCCCAAAUUUCCAAUUCGGAUGUGGUCAGAUGAACCAAGAUUUGUAUGCCAGAACAGCUGGGUUGCUUGGCCUUGGCCGCAACAAGAUAUCCUUCACAUCCCAGACAGCUAAAAAAUAUGGCCAGGUUUUCUCUUACUGCCUUCCUUCCUCGCCAAGCUCAACUGGGUAUCUUAAGUUCGGGGCCAGCACAGCCUCAGCCUCCUCUGGUGUUAAAUACACACCACUGCUGACAGACCAGAGCAGUCCUUCCUUCUAUUUCCUCGACCUGAUAGCAAUAACUGUCGGAGGACGUAGAUUGCCAAUUCCAGCAUCAGUCUUCUCAACAGCCGGCACUGUUAUUGACUCUGGCACUGUCAUCACCCGCCUGCCUCCAUCAGCCUACUCAGCCCUCCGAUCAGCAUUCCGGACAGCCAUGUCCAAGUACCCAUCAGCUCCAGCACUCUCGAUACUGGACACAUGCUUCAAUUUCAGCGGGUACAAUUCAAUCUCCGUGCCAAAGAUAGCAUUGCAGUUCCGGGGAGGUGCCAAGGUCAAUGUUGACUUCUCUGGGAUUCUCUUUCGAUCAAGCACAUCGCAGAUCUGCUUGGCUUUCACUGGCAACAGCAACGAUGGUGAUGUAGCGAUCUUUGGGAACAAGCAGCAGCAGACGUUUGGGGUGGUUUACGAUGUAGCGAGGGGGAGGAUUGGAUUUGGCGCCGGAGGUUGCAGCUGAUCUGGAAACUGGCUGAAGUAGAAUAACAAUUGCAAAGAAUGAAAUAAAAAGAAGGCAGAUAUCUGAAAAUAAAAGCCAGAAACCAGUAAUGGUUGGCUGAAGUCAAUUCCAAAAGAAAUUAGUGA